AUGGGGAACUCUCCGCAAGCCCUGCCAGUACGGGACAACGGCAUCGAGGGCUUUGGUGUAGCCUAUGUGGGGCAUGUGUUCGUGGAAGCCGGCGUGGCGUUUGAAUUCAUGGUGCAGCCCCCUUCCAUCACUGGCGCUCCGGGACAGGUGGUUAGCAGAAGUUACGAAGAUCUCGAUCUGCUCUCUGCAGCAAUGUCGGCGCGCUACCAUCGCGUGCCGCCCUGCCCGAGGGCACCGUUCUUCACCAUGGACAAUGCAUGGGUGGGAGACCAGGGUCGUGCGAUCGAGGCCUACUUACGCUCGCUCCUUGCCCUUGAGCCAUGGCCCCGCACAAACGCACUCAGGAGGUUCCUGUCCAUCGCGGUACCUCCCGGGCCCGUCAACGGCCCGGAGAGUGUGGGCCCAGCUCUCCUUUGCCGGCAGCGCGUGCCUGUCAGCUGCAUCGCAAUCGCACUAAGCUUCGCUGAUCCUCUGGCAGUGAUGCACUGCUGUGCCAAGGUGUGCAAGACUUUCCAUGCAGCGUCCUUGGACCCCAGGUGUUGGCCGCGGCUUCAUUUCAGAACGCACUGCGCCGAGAAGUCUAUUGAUAGCUUGUGUACUUUGCUCUUGCGUGCCUGCGGUGGGCUGGAAGCUUUGACCUUGGACCUCAUCUUCCAGCGUGAGAACUUGGGAGUUGCCUUACCUGCCGGCCUGCUGCUGCCACGUCUGCGCCGACUCGACCUGAGACUUGGUGAUGCAGAGUCCACAUCAUUUGCUUGCGAGCUGCUGGGCUGCGUGGAAUCGCCCGUACUUCGCGACGUAACGCUGUCAGCGGUCUUCACACCGUCAUUGCUGCAGGCGCUUUGCAUGACGCUCAUUGCGGCAGAGGGCAAAGUUACCCAGCUGUCACUCGUGAGCUCGCCGUGCAGCCGCCGGCCGGAUGGUGCACAGCUGGAUGCAAGCACCGUCCUCGGAAUCCAAGAAAUUGUGGAAGCCGUUCCCUUGGUGCAGAGCCUUGCCAUCUCCAUCGACGAAUCCAGCCGUGGCAGCAGUCGAUUCAUGGAAGGCUUCCUUCCGCCUUUUGUUGAAAUUCCUGGCCAGCAGCCGUUGCUGGCAAAUUUGAUGGCACUGGGAUCGUUGCAGAGCCUGCAAUUCGAUUUUCUGUCAGACGAUGUGAUCGCGUGUUUGGCCACAAUGGACGAGCGAGUCUUCCAUGUACGCUCAGCACGCUUUUCCGGAUGUAAGCGACGGCUGGAAGACCCGGAUGAGGCUCUGGUGCGACUACUGAGCAAGAUGGGACCAGAGUUGCAAGAGUUCUCAUUUCUAGUCGACCAGGAAUUUGGCAUGCGCGCCUUCUCCCAAGGUCUUUUGCAUCAGCGUUUGGGUGGCUUGCCAAGUGUGUGGUCCGGCCACGAGAACUUGCGAAGCCUGGAGUUGAACUGGAAUGCCUUCGAUGAUGAGGGCAUCGCCUCGAUUGUGGAGGCAUGCCCCCAACUCGAAGUCAUGCUUUUGGAUCGGGCAGAAUACUGGACGGACGCAGCAGUCAUGCAUUUGGUGGAGGGCCUCCCCACCCUUCGCAGACUUCGGAUUCGAUCUUCCACCAUGUUAUCUGACCGGGCACUAGACGUGCUGCAGCAGUCCACGCAGCAGUUCCGCCUUUUGGAGAUCGAGCCUUCCUACACCAUGUCCACCUACAUGUUGGACCAAUUGAGAUCGAAGCUCACCCGCGGAUCCACAAACUUGCCUGAGAUUUUCCCGGGUUCUUUCACGGCGAUGCUUCUCUUGGGAGAUGUCGGACCGCCGGGCUUUGAAGCUCAGGGACAGGGCCAGCCCUGUUCCGAGCUCAAGGUUCUGAAACCCGAGCAUGAAGAGGAGGGCUCGAGCUUAUCUAUUGCUGGUGCCACACCGCUUUCCUGGCUUGGCCGAAGGGAGUCGAGACUGUAUAUAGGGCGAUGA